GAAUGUUUUGUAUUUGGAAGUUGUUGUUGGAUACCGAGGGGUGCGAGGGGCUUCUCUGGAGUUAUUUUGAGCCCCAGCAGACCUUACUGAAAUACUGCAUUGACAAGGCAUGGAAGAGAAGAUGGUUUGUUCUUCGGAGCGGCCGUUUAACGGGGGAUCCGGAUGUAUUGGAAUACUACAAAAAUGACCAUGCCAAGAAGCCUAUCCGUAUUAUUGACUUAAAUUUGUGUCAACAAGUGGAUGCUGGAUUAACGUUCAACAAAAAAGAGUUUGAAAACAGCUAUAUUUUUGAUAUCAACACUAUAGACCGAGUUUUCUAUUUGGUAGCAGACAGCGAGGAGGAGAUGAAUAAGUGGGUCCGAUGUAUCUGUGAUAUCUGUGGGUUCAACCCUACAGAUGAGGAUGCUGUGAAGCCACCAGUCAGUUCUUUACAACCAUCUGCUGAGUUACCCUUGCCCAUCAACACUUCACCACCUUCCAUGCAAGCAGAAUCUUCCCUACCUUCUCCUUACCGGCUUAUUAACAUCCCCCCACUGGAGUCUUCCUCUGGUCAAGAAGAUCCUCAAGACUACUUACUGCUAAUAAACUGUCAAAGUAAAAAGCCUGAACCCAUGAGAUCUCACGCUGACUCGGCAAAAUCCAGCUCUUCUGAAACAGACUGCAAUGAUAACUUGCCCUCCCACAAAAACCCCGCUCCCUCAGCGAGCAAGCACGCUGUGAACGGCUUCUUUCCGCAGCAAGGGGUCUAUGACUCCCCUCCUUCUCGGACCGGACUGACGCUGGCAGACUGCAGCCUCUAUAACCUGCCCAGGAGUUACUCCCAGGAUGUUUUACCCAAGGCAGCGUCUCCGUCUGGGACUGACGCGGAAGUAGAGCAACACGUUUUCAACGCGCCAUCGGCAACGUCUUCGUUGGACGCGCAGAUGAGACACGUCUCCAUUAGCUACGACAUUCCCCCCACACCUGGAGGUACUUAUCAGAUUCCACGAACUUUUCCAGAGGGAACAUUGUCUCAGACUUCAAAACUGGAGACUAUUCCAGAUAUUCCUCCGCCUCGGCCACCAAAACCUCACCACGCUGCAGAUCGGUCUCCUGUGGAAACAUGUAGCAUUAGUCGCACUGCUUCCGACACGGACAGUAGUUACUGCAUCCCCACAGCAGGAGUGCCGCCCUCCCGCAGUAACACCAUUUCAACUGUAGAUUUGAAUGUCUUUCGGAAAGAAAUUAGUUCUCAAGACUGUUAUGAUAUUCCACGAACGUUUCCGAAUGACAGAUCUAAUUCAUUGGAGGGCUUCCAUAACCACUUUAAAAACAGAAGCAUGUUGACAGUGGGAAGUGUUUCAAGUGAAGAACUAGAUGAAAAUUAUGUCCCAAUGAAUCCCAACUCUCCUCCACGACAGCAUUCCAGCAGCUUCACUGAACCCAUCCAGGAAACAAACUAUGUACCAAUGAUACCAGGCACGUUUGAUUUUCCAUUAUUUGGAAAGCAAGUCCCUCCUCCUGCUCACAUGGGUUUCAGGUCCAGUCCAAAGACCCCUCCCAGACGGUCGGUACCUGCUGCAGAAUGUGAGCCACCGCCAGUGGAUCGGAACCUCAAACCAGACAGAAAAGGUCAAAGUCCUAAAAUUUUAAGACCUAAACCACAUGGUUUAGAGCGAACUGAUUCACAAACCAUAGGUGACUUUACUACAAGAAGAAAGGCAAAACCAGCUCCACUAGAAAUAAAACCUCUGCCUGAAUGGGAAGAAUUACAAGCCCCAGUUAGAUCUCCUAUCACCAGAAGCUUUGCACGAGACUCCUCCAGGUUUCCCGUGUCUCCCAGACCGGAUUCAGUUCAUAGCACAACUUCCAGCAGUGACUCGCACGACAGUGAAGAGAAUUAUGUAUCCAUGAAUCCAAAUCAGUCCACUGAAGACCCAAAUUUGUUUGGAAGCAACAGUCUUGACGGAGGAAGCAGCCCUAUGGUAAAACCUAAAGGAGACAAACAAGUAGAGUAUUUAGAUCUGGACCUAGAUUCUGGAAAAUCUACCCCACCUCGUAAGAAGAAGAGCAGUGGCUCGGGCAGCAGCGUGGCGGACGAGAGAGUUGAUUACGUGGUGGUCGACCAGCAGAAAACGUUAGCACUGAAGAGCACACGAGAGGCCUGGACUGAUGGGAGACAGUCUACGGAGUCUGAAACACCUACGAAAAGCGUGAAGUGAAAAUACUGCUCUGUCUUGAAAGAACGGGAAGAAUUGAAUUCUGAAGAAUUACAGAACCACAAUGGCAGUGUUGUUCAGCUGUACAGCACCUGAUUCACUGGUGUGUGAGCAGGUUCUUGACCGAAUAGGAUGGAAGCCAAGGGACACUUUGAAUAUAUCAAAGGAACUUUUCAGAUCAUAAAUUGCCUCUGUGGUGUCUGGAAAAAUCGCAGCCUGUAAAUAACAUGUAAAAUAAUAUCAUUUAGCUUUCAGAAAACCUUUUGUUCUGUAGUUAACACAUUUGUAGUAUUACCAUGUUUAUGCACUUUUUCAGUUACAAUGUUGGUUCAGGUAUUCCCAGUAAGUAUACCUUAAUGCCUAAUUCAUCUGGAGAAUUCUUUUUUCCUUACACUACUAUUCCUUACAAUUUUAGGUUAAUUAAGCUACAUGUAGAUAUGGAAAUUAAUAUUUGAACUUCAUUUUAACAACUCAAAAUUGAUUUUGCAGAAGUACUUUCACAAUUGAAUAAUCUACUUGAAAUGCCAAGAGACGACCGUUAGUUACAUACUUGUUUAUAUUUAAUACACACAAGAUUAUUUGGAAGUCUACAGGUUACCUUCCUAACAAAAAUUGCUGUGAGUUAAUAAUAAUGAACUGUACUGGGUUUAGACCUACAAUCCUGGCUUAUAUGUUAGUUGUUAGUGGUGGAACUUCUAUUGUAUUUUAUUAAUGACAGUGUUCUGUGUUCAAUGGGUGAAGAUUCUGCAGGGUGGGAUCUUACACUUUCAAAGACUGAAUAAUUAAAUAUCAAGUAAGCCUGCAAACCACUGAUGGCAUGCAGUAAUAUUGUGAUCUCACACUUAUUAACAAGAAAUAACCUUUAUAUUAUUUACAGAAGGUAGAGUAUAUAAAUCAGGUACGUACCAAGCACUGUUGUGCUAAUACACUGAUCAGGUUUAGACAAUGAGCUUUAGUUUUGUACUAUUUAGAAGUUCUAAUGUCAGUUUUCAGUUUGAGAUUAAUGGGACAGUUUGACAUUCACUUUUUGUAGUACUAGCAAAAUACUGUGAUUUUGAAUUAGACAUUAAUUCAAAUGGAAAUACUAUGUUUUGACACCAUAGUGCCCUUCUUAUGAGCUCUAUUUUACUUUAAUCUCCUGCUUGGCCUUAUAUUUAAAUCCCUAUGCAACUGAUAUUUUAUAUCUCUGUUUUUAAAAAUUAGAUAAUAUACCUAAAUGAUCCCCUUAUAAACCACUUGUUGCUCUUUCCUGGUACAGGAUUUUAAGCUCUGUAUACUGUGAUCCUUUAUUUUACUAUGCCAGUUCCAAAUAAUAAUCUGCCUUGGUUUUAGAAACAUUUUUUUGUUAUUUGGAAGAAGAUAGAGAUUUUUUUAAAUACAUGAAUGAGUUAGGUCUAGAUAGAAAUCUUACUAACACUCUCAUUUUACACAAACACCCUCAAGUAAGUGGUUGGUUUAGUUUUCCCACCCAAUUGUUUUAUUUUGUCCAGAUCAUUUAAAAGUUGAGCAUAGAGCUGCAUUGUUUUCUGGCAUGUUGGCCUUAGUACUGUGCCUAAUCUACCAUCGGUUGUUUCUCUCCCCUCACAGCCACAAUCUACAGUAUGUAAAUUAUCUUAUUCUUAACAAAGAUUCUUUUUAAAUUAGUAAUAUUUUGAUGCUUUGAAUGUUCAUUUUAAAAAAGAAACUAAACACGAUGCAUUUUGAGGUGAAUUUUAAAUAAAUCAAGUUGUUCGGUUUUGAUGUGUAAA